AUGAAGUUCUCAACGCUUGUUCUUGGCCUUCUUGCCACUUCCGCCAGCGCCCUUCUCAACCAAGGCGUAGAUAUUCUCCAGGGCGUUGCGGGUGAUGCGAACGCACCGGGGCCUCGCCACGAGCCCUGCGCAGAGUCUGUUGGCAAAUGGCAUCCCCCGCACGACACCAAGACCGAUGGUUGUGGUGAUUUCGGAAGCGGCGAAUGGCAUUGGGUCCCUCCAGUACGCACCACCACAGUCAUGGUCCCCCACGUCAAGACGAUUGUCGAUUGCUCGGGCCCUCAUACGACGGGAAUCCAGACUCCGGAGGCCAGCCAUAUUGCCUCUACCACAGAGGUUCACCAAAUUCCUGCUCGCAUCACACUUUCCUCCGUCCACCUUGGGUGGAAGGGAUCGCAUGGCGCUUCGCCAACGGUUGCGACCUAUGCGGGAUCACCGGUCCCUACAGCCGUCAACAGCUCCGCUAUACAUCCUCCUCAUACUCCGGCCACCACAUUCCAGCGUACUCAAAAUGGCUAUAAUGCCACCACAGCGGCGCCCGCAAUCCCAACUAUGAGCAAGGCUCCGCAAGAAACCUCUGGCGGAAUCUCGAGCACGUACAACAUCGGCAUCUUUGCUCUUGUUGGAUUUGCCGCCUUGUUGGUCUUGUAA